GGGAGGAGGGCGGCGACGGGCGAGCGGCGAGCGGCGCGGGACGCAGCGCCUCUGCACUUUUCCCACCCGAGUGUCCCCCCCUCCACCCCCUCCCCCCCACUCCACACACCCUGUUUGCCCGUGAGCCUGGGGAACUUGCAGCUUAAAGCCAGCCACCCCCACGGCAGCAUGUACCCCAGCAACAAGAAGAAAAAGGUGUGGAGAGAGGAGAAAGAACGUUUGCUGAAGAUGACCUUAGAGGAGAGACGCAAAGAAUACAUAAGGGACUAUGUUCCUCUGAGCACCAUUCUGUCAUGGAAGGAGGAGAUGAAGAACAAGGGCCAAAAUAAUGGAUGCAUCCCUAAAGUUGGAGAGAUGGAGAAUGUCAUGGGAGAGAGAACCUGCAGAUCCUUGCCUGAGACAAGUUAUGGAAAGAAAGUUUUACAGUCCAUAUUGAAUCAAGGAAGACUCAUUGAAGACUCCUUUGAGAACAGUCUACUUUGAAGAAGGCAAACAGACAAAAAGGGUGAUAGAAUCAUGCAGUUCUGUUGUGUGGGUAACAGUGUGAACUUCCUGAAGGCAAACAAAAAGGAUGGGAGAAACUUGCAGUUCUGUUGCAUGCCUAACACUGACCUUCCUGGACUCAACAUUGGGAACUGAGAAGGGAGUUGAGAAAUGAUGGAAUUUUGUGAGCUUUAAAGAAAAAAUGCUGGUCUUUAGUGUGGACAGACAGUUGGACUUUAGAUCUAGGACUGUGUGUAGUCAUCAGUCUUGAACAUUCGAAACACUUCUUUGUCCUUUAUGGAUGAUGGUAGCUGGCUUUCAUUUCAGCAGUAAUUCCAAGAUGAAUAUACAUAAAUAGUGUCUGCCAAAACCUAAAACAUAGUCUGUGUAUUUAUUACUAGAGCUUUGUAAUUUAUCCCUCUUGUAUUUAAAAAUUUUAUACUAUUCAACCUUAAUUGUGAUUUUUUUUUGU